ACUAGAAAAGAGCAGAGAACAGCUGAUUUUUGAAAUGAAAAGGAUAUGGAUAUUUCCAUUUGAACUGCGAUGGUGCGGCAAUGGGGUUGAAAACAAUGCAAAUCUAGGUGCUAGCGAUGUACAUUAGGAUAGGAUUGAACAGUUUGAUAUCCGUGGUGAUUGUCAUCCUGGUGGCAGUCUAUAUCUACCGACAUCCGGGCGGAAAUGCUGGCACAAGGAAGACGUCCAGGAGACCGCCAAACCCGGAGGAUCCACUGCCGCCCUCCAAUUCGCCGCUCCAUCGAUUCUCCCAGGCGGCCAUUUGCUCCGACAGCGAUGUAUGCAGCCAGUUGGCCAGAACAGUCCUGGAGAACGGAGGAAGUGCUGUGGAUGGCGCCUUGGCGGCCCUGAUUUGCAACGGACUCAUCGGGAUGCAGAGCAUGGGCAUCGGUGGCGGCAUGGUCAUGAACAUUUACGUGGCCAAGGAGAACAAAUCCUACAGCAUUCUGGCCAGGGAAAUGGCGCCGCUGGCACUGCGUGCGGAGAACUUCUCGUCGUUUCGCGAUGAGCAGGAUUUCAAGAGAUCCGGCUGGUCCAUUGCCGUGCCAGCUGAAUUGGCCGGCUAUGCGGUGGCCCACCAGAGAUUCGGGCGGCUGAAGUGGAAGGAUUUGGUGCUGCCCACUUUGGAAUUGUGUCGUCGUGGCUACCGAUUGUAUAAGCACCAGUACGAUGCGCUCAUACUCAACCAGGACAUGAUCAGGGCCGAUCCCGGCCUGCGCCGAAUGUUCAUCGAUCCCGCCACCGGGCGCUUCUGGCCAUUGGGCCAUCUCGUUCGCCCCGCGGCUCAAUUGUGCACCACCUACGAUCGGUUGGCCAACGAGGGACCACUCAGUUUCUACCGCGGAUCUAUCGCCGAUGAUCUGCUGGCCGACUUGAGGGACGCGGGCAGUGCAAUAACUAAGGAAGACCUCAACCAAGCGCACGCCAAGUUGAGUAGGGCGAUUGUGAUGCCACUGGAUGAGUAUGAUCUCCAUUUGACUCCUCCACCUGGAAGUGGUCACGUUCUCGGCUUUAUGAUGAACAUACUCAAGGAGUUCCGGGCGGAAUUCGCAAAAGCGGGAAUUAUGAGCCCACGCCAAAUCCAUUUGCUGGUCGAGGCGAUGAAGUUUGGAUUCGUGAAGCGAUGGCAACUGGACGAAUCCGCGAGCGAGGAGCUUUUGGCUAACUUGACCAGUUAUGAAUUGGCAAAAUCCGUGGCUAGGAAAAUUAACCACACACAUACCUUUAACCGCCCAGAGUUCUAUGGAGCAGCACCUGGUAUUCAAGUACGAGAUGAGCACGGCACAGCGCACACUUCAGUGCUCCAUGAAAACGAUGCUGUUUCAGUGACCAGCUCCAUCAAUUUCUAUUUUGGCAGUGGACGAACUGGCAGACGCACAGGUGUCAUCUUUAACAACGCCAUGUCGGAUUUCUCCAUCGAGCAGCUCAAGAACUACUUCGAUCUGCCCUUCGUGGCUGGCACGAAUGGUGUAGCUCCUGCCGCCCGUCCCAUGUCCUCCAUGAGUCCAGUGAUUGUCACCGAACGCGCCUCUGGCAAAGUUCGCUUGGUUGUGGGUGCCGCUGGCGGUACCAAAAUAAUAUCCGCCCUCCUGCCCCUCCUCGUGCGCAUCCUGUGGCAGGAGGCGAGCAUCAAGACCGCCAUCGAUGCCAGUCGCCUCCAUCAUCAAAUGCUGCCCAAUGUUCUGCUCUACGAGUAUGGACUACGGCAGAGCGAUGUGGAUAGCUUGGCGGAGAGGGGACAUCGAUGCGAGCGUUAUGAGAACCGCGGUUCCGUCAUCUGUGGAAUCGCUCAAGCAAAUGACACCAUCUGGGUGAAUUCGGAUUUUCGGAAGCCAGGUGGAGUUAGUGGAUUUUAAGAAGUCUGAUGACUUUUUACAAAUUAUACCAAACAUAUAGUAUUCACACAAAGUAUUAAUUAUGUUGAAACACGUUAAUUGCUCAAAUAUGUUUGAAUUUACCAAUUAUUUUUUAAGAAGUUAGUAAGCCGCACGAAUGAAAAAACAACCAGUAUUUGUUUAAACGUUGUGUUAUUUU